UUGGUUUUUAAUAAACCGUGAGUGUACAACUUAUAACCUAAGAAAAAUAAGAAGUAUAUAAAAAUUCCCUUUACAUUAUAUUCUUCUCAUAACCCACUUUAUAAUUUCACACUUUCCCUUAUUUUCUCCUCCUCCCCUCCAUAACCACUCCUUUUCCCCAUUCUUUCACCUCCAAAAAUUAAAACAAAACAAUACAAAAAUAUUGAGAUUGUGAAGAUACUCAAAAUGGGAAGCUUACUUGGGUUUGAAGAGACAGAGCUCCGUCUUGGUCUGCCCGGCGGGGACGGAAGAAACGAUGGCGACGCCGUGAAAAAAAGAGGUUUCACUGAAACUGUGGAUUUGAAGCUGAAUAUUGUGACUGAUUCCAACCAAGGCAACAAAACGACCGACAAAAAUGUCGUUUCGAGCUUCGUCAAUAAAGAUCUUCCGAAGCCUCCUCCGGCCAAGGCCCAGGUUGUGGGUUGGCCACCGGUAAAGUCGUUGAGGAGAAACAUCGUAGGGCCGCCAAAGAAGAAUAAAUUAGAAGAAACCGAGAAGAACGCCGUCAUAAGCGGCGGUGGCUGUAGCGUCGGUGCGGCAGCGUUUAUCAAAGUCAGUAUGGACGGCGCACCGUACUUACGCAAAGUGGACUUGAAGAUGUACGGUAGCUACCAAGAGCUUUCCGAUGCCCUACGCAAGAUGUUUGCCUCUUUCACUGCAGGUCAGUGUGGAGCACAAAAGAUGAGGGAUUACAUGAAUGAAAGAAAAUUAAUAGAUGUGUCAAAUGGGUCUGAUUAUGUGCCUACUUAUGAAGACAAAGAUGGAGAUUGGAUGCUUGUUGGAGAUGUCCCAUGGGACAUGUUUGUGGAUUCGUGCAAACGCUUGAGAAUAAUGAAAGGAUCUGAAGCCAUUGGACUUGCACCAAGAGCAUUGGAGAAGUGCAAGAACAGAAACUGAACUACUAAUAGAUUUUAAUUUUUUUUUAUUUUGUGAAAUAAUAAUAAUAGUAGUAAUUAUUGUUAUUACUAUUUACUGUCAUUUGGUAGGGUUGCAAUUAAUUGUUAUGUCCAAUUGAUGAUCAUAUAUCAAACUCUACUCUAUAGAGGGAGGGAGUUUGAUUUUGAUAUGUAACAUAUCACCUUCUGUCGAUGUAAUUACUAUAUAAAUGAAAUAUAUUUCUCACCAGAUUUUGUAUUC